AUGGGAGAUUCAGUACCUCUAAAACUAGCACUGCCAGAGCUGAAGUAUCCUAUUGGUUCACAGCCAAAGGAAAAGUCAGCAAUCAACCAAUACUCUGGCUCAGAGUAUAUCUCUAUUGUCAAAAGCAUCCUAAAACCAGAUGAGAUGAUAAGAGUCCGAGGAUCAUUUCUGGGACCUGUAAUGAAGCUCAGUGAGAGAGGAUUGAAGUUAUCAGCAAAGAUAGUCUACGCCAUUCUCACUAGAAGCAUCGUUUCUGUCAAGGAGAAUGAAGCCUGGUUCCAUUUCGGUGCGCAGCCAAUGAGGUUCUCUAUAAGAGAAUUUCAUAUGAUGACAGGCUUGAAAUGUAGUGGUGCAUUAGAAGGACCACGAAGGGAAACCGAGAGAUUUAAUUGGGAAUUGCUAAAGGGGCGUAGUCAUAAGUUAAGUGACGUGGUGGACCAGCUCAGAAACACAAGAGAAGAUGCUUCUGAGGAGAGAGUAUGCCUCGCAAUGCUCAUCCUGGUAGAGAGCAUAUUAUUGCGGAAGAGCAAAGGAGGGAGUUUUCCUUUGGAAUAUGCGAAAAAUGCACAGGAUAUGACAUAUCCAUGGGGAAAAGAGGCUUACAUUGUGCUCCUGAAAGUCGAUUCUUUGCUAAGGGAUAAGUUCAGUAAGUGUGUACCAACAGUUGAGGUUCCUGGGCCGACUUACUUGUGUGAAAAAUACACUGAGGUAGAGAAUCCAUCACUUGAUAGGGUUUUACAGGUUGAAGCUGAUACAAAGCUGAAGGUCCAUUGCAUACUACCUUCUAUUCCUCAUGAUCCAGAAGAUGAUAUCUCCAUUGAAGACAAAUAUAGUGACGAGCUGGAAACAGUGAAAGAUGUAACAAAGAAAGGGUACAAGAUUACAGCCGAUGACUGGGAAAAUAGGUGUGUAGACACAUUUGACACAUUGGAUGCUCUUAUUCAAAUGAUGGCAAAUAAGGAGACUGGCCAAGCUUCUACUCCGAUUGAUGAGGAUUCAGUAAAUGAAAAAGUGAACAGGAUCAUCACGGUAAUGGAGGAGAAUCUGAAGAGCAUGAAGGAUCGAAUGUCAUUACUGGAAGAAGAAAACAUACAUCUUAGAGCUCGUGUGUCAGAGUUGGAAGGAAACAACAAUGUUUUUCCCACUAACGUGACACAAAAGCGAUCCAGUGGGACACCUUUAUCUCCAAUGUCUCACACGCAACCAUCGAGUGAGACACCUUUAUCUCCAAUGUCUCACACGCAACCAUCGAGUGAGACACCUUUAUCUCCAAUGUCUCAACAGCCUAAUUUGACACAUGAGGUAUGUAACCAAUAAAUAUUGUUGAGUUUUGAAGUAAUAUUUGGAAAGCUUUUGUACUUCUUGAAUGCAUUCCUGAUUUUUGCAGGAGACAAUGAUUGAAUCAGCUGCAUCUCCAAAGUCUCAACAAAAUGAGGUAUAUGCUCAAAAAUUUUAAGAAAAUAUUUGGAAAUUCUUGUACAAAAUCCUGAAUGCCUUCCUGAUUUUUGCAGGAUUACACGCAACCAUCGAGUGAGACGCCUUUAUCUCCAAUGUCUCAACAUCCUAAUUUGACACAUGAGGUAUGUAACCAAUAAAAUAUUGUUGAGUUUUGAAGUAAUAUUUGGAAGCUUUUGUACAUAUUCUUUAAUGCAUUCUUGAUUUUUGCAGGAGACAAUGAAUGAAUCAGAUGAUGAAACUCCUGCCCUUGAUACUCAAGUAUUCUCUCCUAAUCUGACAAAAGAG